CACGCCGCGGACGCUUUUAAUCGGGGGCGCGGACGUGCGCGUCCCCGCGGAGUCUUUGUGUGGCGGCGUGGAGAAGCGCAAAUACAAUAACCAUGGCCGACGAAAAACCCAAGGAAGGGGUAAAGACGGAGAACAAUGACCACAUCAACCUAAAGGUUGCGGGGCAGGACGGAUCGGUGGUCCAGUUUAAAAUCAAGAGGCACACACCCCUCAGCAAACUCAUGAAGGCAUACUGUGAGAGACAGGGAUUGACGAUGAGGCAGAUUCGAUUCCGGUUUGACGGACAGCCCAUUAACGAAACAGACACGCCCGCACAGUUGGAAAUGGAGGAUGAAGACACAAUUGAUGUUUUCCAGCAACAGACGGGAGGACACGACUAACCCGGACCUUCAACACGUUCCACCUCAUCCUCGCUCUGCCUGGUUUUCCCACACUCCUCUCCUCUCAUGGUUAUCUGUAACUGCUGUUGUAUAGUGUUUCAGUUCACCACUUUCUCUUUGUUUUGUACAUAAAGGAUUCCUGCUACAGUUAUAAUUACUUUGGGAUUGUUAAUUGCAGUAAAAUCGGACAUGUCAAGCCCCGAGUCUUGGAGCAAGUGAUCACUAAACUAAAGUGAUCGAUCUCAUGGAUUUAGGCAUCUGUGUACAUACCAACAAAUGCAUAUAUCCCCAUUACGAAUCGUAGUCCACAGGUGAUCAGCCGUGCAUUUGGGUUCAGAAGUAUUUCUCUGUACAUGAACCCAACAUCUGCAUCAAAUAUAGCACACAGAGGCUUGAACUGCACAUCAAGACAUAUUCUGUUCUGUUAUACAAACCUGCAGUUUACAUUGGUUUUAAACCUUUUCUUGUUUUUAUUGUAGUGGUCACGUAUAGUGACACUGGUCUUAAACACGCAUUAUCUCGACUGUAUGUACGAGUGAAUUCAUGUUUCAGAGAAGUCGAGCCUCCAUCUAAUCUCUUGUUAAAAUAAAAUAUUCUC